AUGGAUAGAUUUAUUACUCGGACCUCGAAAUUGAUUGAAAGCUCACCAUCAACUUCUGGAACGUCAAAACAGAGUAAAGACUCACCAUCAACUUCCGGGACUUUAAAAAUGAGUGGGAAUUCACCAUCAACUGCUCGGCCGUCAAAACAGAGUAAAGGUAAGUGUCGGUUAUACGAUGAAUCUUAUAUAUCCAUUGGUUUCACAUGGUGUGGUCCAGAAGAUGAACCUAUUCCCGAGUGUAUCAUAUGUGGAAAAACAUUUACCAACGAAUCGAUGGUGCCCAACAAAUUAAACAGACAUUUUAUUAAACAACAUUUUCACUUGAAGUGCAAAGAUAUUCACUAUUUCAAAAGACCUUUAAGUUGCCAAAAAAAAGAAGCAAUCAAGUUCACAAAAAAAGUUAAAAUUUCUGAGAGGGCUCUCGAAGCUAGUUUUGUUGUUUCCCAAAUGAUUGCUAACAACAUGAAAGCGCAUACUAUUGGAGAAAAUUUAAUCAAACCUGCGGGUAAGGAAAUGGUGCGAAUAAUGAUUGGAGAUGAAGCGGCUCUUGAAAUAGAUAAGAUACCGAUGUCUAAUGACACUAUUACUCGUCGCAUAAAUGAUAUGUCUGUAGAUAUAAAACAACACACCGUAGAAAAGAUGAAACUUUCUCGGUUCACACUUCAAGUUGACGAUUCAACUGUUAGCGACGGAAAAUGUUACAUGAUAGGAUUUGUUCGUUUUGUUGUUGGUUAUGAUAUUAUAAACCAGUUUUUGUGUUUGAAAGAUGACUGUGUUGGAAUUUGCACUGAUGGAGCUCCAAAUAUGACCGGGAAUAUCAAAGGGUUUGUUACACUCGCUAAAAUGAAAAACCCAUUAAUCGUUAAAACUCAUUGUUUCAUCCACAGAGAAGCGCUGAUGACAAAAACGUUGGGUAGUGAUCUCAAUUCUAUUUUGAUUAAUGCUGUUCGUAUUGUCAACUACAUUAAAAGAAAGCCCUUGAAAAGUAAGAUUUUUGCCGAAAUUUGUAAUUCAAUGGAUGCUGGUUUUACAAAUUUGUUGUACCAUACCGAAGUGAGGUGGUUAUCAAGAGGAAAGGUCUUAGCACGUCUCUAUGAACUUAAAGAGGAACUUUUACUGUUUUUCAUGGAAGAAGGCAAUGAAGAAUUUACAAGUUUUUUGGAAGAUCACGAUUGGAUAUCAAAAUUUGCGUACUUGACUGACAUUUUUCAGAAUCUUAACCUAGUUAAUUCUAGUUUGCAAGGGCCAUUAGAAAAUGUUUCAACUUCCACCGACAAACUUUCAGCUUUUCAAGAAAAAAUCUCCAUUUGGUGUACAAACUUGGAUCAAGGAAAGACAGCUAUGUUUCCACUUUUUACAAGUCAAGAAAACUCUAAUCCUGAAGUUCUGGGAGCCAUAAGAAGUCACUUGCAGGCCUUGCAAAUGUCAUUGAAAUAUUAUUUUCCAGACUUGAAUGUGAAACAGUAUGACUGGGUUCGCAACCCAUUUACAUCCUUAGUGCAAACAGAUGACUGUGAAUUACAACAGGAAGCUGUGGAACUAAAAAACGACCGUACGCUGCAACUAAAAUUUAAAGAAAUGUCGCUCAACAGCUUUUGGGUGAGUCUCCACAGUGAAUACCCUCGACUAUCAACGAAAGCUAUUGAAGUGCUACUUCAAUUUUCGACGUCCUGGCUAUGCGAACAUGGAUUCAGUGCGCUCACAAAUAUUAAAACAAAAAAACGCCAAAGACUUACAAAAACAACACUAGAAGACGAUAUGAGACUCGCUCUAUCAACCAUCAACCCUUGA